GUGGUACUUUCUCUCAUCACGAUUGCAAGUUAUAAGACCGCACUACCUGAAGUGGAGCUUUCCAGUCGCUAUUCUGUCGUGUGUUGUGUUUAGACGCCGAUCCAGGAUAACCUGUGGAUUAUACAUCGGCGAAUUUUAAUAUAAAUUCAGUGAAACUAUGACUAGAGCAGUACGCUUGUCGGGCUUGCUGCUCCUGCAGAUAUUCUUCGCAUCCGCAGGCGGACCCUCGGCCUACAACAUCUUUUUACAACACGCUAAUCCAUUGCACUAUGGUCAAAGAGGUUUUGGUAGACCUUUCGAUUCCAAAUUUAGUCAGUUUGGACAGUCGUUUCCGGAACAGUCAUUUGGAUUUGGAAACGCGGCGGAAAGCAACCUAUUAUAUCCAGGUGCACAAACUAGUCCAGUAACACAAUCACCUCUACAAACUACCACACAGGAUCCGCGUACUUUGGGAUGCGGUACACCUCCAGCCAGUUGCGUCAAGUCUAGAUACAGAUCCUACGAGGGUACCUGUAACAACUUGAGAAAUCCUGUGUUGGGUAGUCCACAAACUCCGUAUACCAGAUUGCUACCUCAGAACUAUGGAGAUGGAAUUAUGAAUCCAACAGUAGCUAAAAGUGGAAAUCAAUUACCUGGUGCUCGUCAGCUGUCGCUGAUUUUAUACCCAGAUGUGCCAGUAGAAGAUCCAAUUUGGACUCUAAACGCCAUGCAAUAUGGUCAAAUCAUAACCCACGAUAUGAGUAUGAUUGCCGGCUCCACUCAAGCUCAACCUCAUCAAACAAGAUGUUGCACCGACGACGGACAACUUUUGGAGUUGGCCAACAUUCCAGAGCAUUGUUUCCCCAUUGUUUUGCCCAACGAUGACCCCAUUACGCUUCAAACAAACCGAAAAUGUAUGAAUUUCGUAAGAACAAUCACAGAUCGUGACCGUAACUGCGUAGGAGGUCAAACUCCAGCCGAACAACUGACGAAUGUAAAUCACUUCUUGGACCUUUCAAUUGUGUACGGAAAUACUCAACAAGUUGCACAACAAUUGAGACAAUUUCAAGGAGGAAGAUUGAUUGUGGAAACUAGAAACAAUCAAGAUUGGCCUCCGAGAGCCACAAACGCUUCAGGCACUUGCAGCAUUCAAAGUCAGACUGAAGCUUGCUAUUUAGCUGGUGACACUCGUGUAAACCAAAACCCCCAGUUAACUCUCUUGCAGAUUGUGUUGUUGAGAGAACACAACAGAAUUGCCGAUACCCUGGCUUCAUUGAAUCCUCACUGGGACGAUGAAACUGUUUUUCAAGAAGCUAGGAGAAUUAAUAUUGCCCAACAUCAACACAUCACUUAUUAUGAGUGGUUGCCAAUUUUCAUUGGCGCUGAAAACUCAUUGAAAAACAGAAUAUUAUACCAGACCAAAGAUUUUGUUAAUGAUUACGAUGAAAGUGUCGAUCCUACCAUAUUAAACGAACACGCAACUGCUGCUUUCAGAUAUUUCCAUUCCUUGAUUGCUGGUAAAUUAGAUUUAAUAACAGAGAAGAGAAACAGUUAUGGCAAUUUGCGAUUAAGUGAUUGGUUAAACAGGCCCGCCAUUCUAGAGGAGGGAAAUAACUUCGAUGAAUUAAGUAGAGGUUUGGCCACACAACCAGAACUGGCCUCAGAUCCCUACCACGAUAGUGAAAUCACACAAUUUUUGUUCAGAGGCAACGACGCUCUCGGAUCUGAUCUCAAAGCUUUCGAUAUUCAAAGAAAUCGUGACCAUGGUUUGGCUAGUUAUAACGACUACCGUCAAUUCUGUGGACUCAGGAAGGCACAUAACUUCCACGACUUAUUGGAUGUGAUUCGACAAGAGCAUGUUGAAAAACUGUCGCAGUUGUAUGAAUCAGUAGAUGAUAUUGAUUUAACUGUGGGAGGCUCUUUGGAAGUACACGUUCCUGGAACCCUGGCUGGACCAACAUUCCUAUGUAUUUUAACAGAACAAUUCUAUAGGACUAGAGUUGGUGAUAGGUUUUGGUAUGAAAAUGGUGGAGAGACUGGAUUCACAUUAGAACAACUAAAUGAAAUUAGAAAAUCCAGUAUAUCAAGACUUCUUUGCGAUAACUCUGUAGGUGUAAAAGCUAUGCAACCAAGAGGAUUUGAAAGAAUUUCACAUUCAAACGAUGUAGUUCUUUGUGAAAAUCUUCCUUCUGUUGACCUCUCCCUGUGGAAAGAUAUUAAUGGAGGACCUCAUCCUUCCAGUUCCAGUUAUCAAGAGGAAUAUCCCUUUUAUUUUAAAAAAUAGAUCUAAAGUUUAUGAUUCAAUAUUGAUAUUGUUUUAGACCUCGAAGUCUCUAAGACCAAAUAGUAUUGUGCCUAAAUGUUUUCAGAGUACAUAUUUAUUUUUUAUUAAGUAUAUUAGUUAUUGAUACUAGUAAAUAAGAUAAGUAAAUGUAUAUAUUAGAAAUAAAUAUAAUUUUUAUACAG